AUGCUCACCGGUACCUACAAGCUGAACAGUGUUGCGCGUCCAGGGCAAUAUAUAGCCCUCGUCGACGGUAACAUCGUUGGACACUCCAAUAGACUUCCCGGAGUCAUGAUUGAGUGGCGUGUAACGUUCCACGAGGGUGUGACUGGCGCGGCAACAUUCCAACCGAUUCGCGACGGACAAGUAUCUGAUGAAUACAUUUACUUCGACAAGGGGAAUCAAUCUUUAAUUCCCUCUAACAAACCUUGGCUCUUUAUUGUCAAAGAAAACCCGCGAUCGUCCAACUUUCUUUCUAUUGGGAUCUACGAUACCGAUCUAGUCUCGGCACUCUUGUCAUGGGACGACAACACGCCUCUCGAGAUCCAGCCCAACACCGAUGCAACUCAGCAGUUAUGGAUGUUUGAAAAAAUUGUAUAA